GGCGCUGCAGGACGGUCCCCGUGGCCGGUACCUGUUCCCGUUCCUUGGUUCCUUGUGCUCCCUGCCCGCCACCAGCCUAGUCCAGCGGGAAGCCCAGUCCCUCCAUCCCGCCGGGAAGCGCCAGCGAGGCGGCGGGGUGCUGUGACCGCUGUCGCUGCCCGCCCAUAUCCCGCCAUCCUGCCAUCCUCCUGCCGGCCCGUGUGCCCGCCAGCCCCGGCCCCGCUCGGCGCCGCAGGGCGCGUCCUGCGGGAGAACGGGAUGCGGGCCCUGCGGUGUCCCUGUGCCACAGGCAGCCAGGGAAACGGGGAGGAGGAACGGAGCGCUGGGGUGCGGACUGGCGGCAGCUGAGACGGGAAACGUGGCUAGAGGUAGCGGCCUGAGGAGAAGCCGGGCUGCAUACAAGGGCAGGACGAAACGGGACACCAGUGUGCAACGCAGACUCAAGAAUCCAUCCCUGGUGCUGGGCCAUCCUGGGGGAAUGGGAGGAGCCCUUUCGGAGGACAAUAAACUCUGGAAUGAGGGUGUGGGCUGCUGCUCCUCGCUCCCCCCCUCAUUCCACAUGCAUGAUGAUACCAUAUCCCUCCAUUUCGCUGGCUUCUUGGGUUUUGGGUUUUUUUUGGUUUGUUUUUUUUUUUUUCCUCUAUUCCCAGAAAUUGUAUUUUGAAGACAACGAAAAGGAGAACGUGUUCUGGGUGUGGCUGCAUGUGAUUUACCCAAUAGCCAAAGUGGGGGGGAGCCGAAGGGGAAAAACAGAGAGUCUGCUGCUGAAGGGAGUGGAAGCUGAGGGCUGCAGGAUGAAGACUUCUGGAACCUGUAUACUGUUUUGUGUCUUAACGCUCUUCUUGUCCCCAGCUGACUGGUUUCCAUGGAUGGUCAAUGGGCAAGAACUGGAAAGUGCAACUGGUGGAGUUACCCCUGACAGCAGCUCUGGUGCAGCUGCUACACCACCUGUGCUUCUUCCUCCUGGUGAGUUUAUUCUCAGUUUGCAGCCACUUCAGUCUGACAGUGAAACCACAACGUCUUCAUCAGACUGCCGUGAGGAAAAGUUCCCUUGCACGCGCCUCUACUCUGUUCACAAGCCAGUAAAGCAGUGUAUCAGCUACCUCUGUGUCACAAGUGUGCGUCGUAUGUACGUAAUAAACAAGGAGGUGUGCACUCGCAUUGUCUGCAAGGAGAACGAGGUCAUGCAAGAUGAGAUCUGUCGCCAGCUGGCUGGCCUUCCUCCUCGACGUCUCCGCCGCUCCGGGCAGCCCCUGCCUCUCCCUUGCAGACAACUCCUGGAGCAGCAGCGCAGGCCUGGUGCUCUGUGAGCUACCAACAUAGGAGAGGAAAAGGAAGAGAGAGAAGAGAAGUCAUCAUCCACUACCUACAGUCCAAGACAAGUGCUUCUUGUUUGCUAUUCCCCCAUUAUUUCCUUGCUUCUAUGCCACCUUUUACAUCUUCUUCUUCAGGUGCUGCAGGGCACAGAGUACCCUCUCUACCAAUCUGUCAUGGUAGCUGUUGUCAUCUUUAUAAUCUGUUACUGAGGAUAGGGGACUCUCCCCUCUUUUCUCUCACACUCUGCCUGGCAGGCUGUGAGCUGCUCAUUUCCCAGAGGUCCUUAUAAAUGUGCUGCACCUUCUCUUGCUUUGCCCCUGGAGAGAGCCAGAAAUGGGGACAGGAUGAAGUCCUCCCCAAUGGUACAGAUGCCUUAAGCCGCAUCUCACCUCACCUUCAUGCCCUGGGACUCCUGCCCUAGAUUCCUUGCCUGGCAUCAGCAUGAGCUCAGAUGUGGUUGGUCAGCCUGAGCCUCUCUGAUUCUCCCAAGCCACCAAGUUUGUUGUGUGAUAGCACAUUCUCCUCCUUGUGUCUGCUGGCCUCAGGGAAGUGGUAGAAUUGGGAGAUGAGCUGUCCUGAACCCAAGGCACCCUUUCCUGGGUGGCAACAGGUAAUUUAUAACUACCUCUGGGAAGUUUUUGUCUCAAGCCCAUUGCCUCCCUCACACACAUUUCCUACCAAAAGGAAAAAAGUCUGGAUUUAGUAUGGCAUUAUAUUUUUCUCAGAAAGAUUAUGUUGGAUCAGAGUGCUGCCUCUUCUACUCCUCCUCCUCUCCUCUCCUCUCCUCUCCUCUCCUCUCCUCUCCUCUCCUCUCCUCUCCUCUCCUCUCCUCUCCUCUCCUCUCCUCUCCUCUCCUCUCCUCUCCUCUCCUCUCCUCUCCUCUCCUCUCCUCUCCUCUCCUCUCCUCUCCUCUCCUCUCCUCUCCUCUCCUCUCCUCUCCUCUCCGUUCUUGUUCCUCCCUUCCCACUGAAGACAUCUCUUGAUGCCCAUUCCCGGCAAAUUUCAGGGAGCAGUAAUUACAGCUGCCUCCACUCCUAAGCCCAAGAAAGCCCAUGAAGAACCUGUAUGACCUGACAUUACUGAGAACUUGCAAUGAAUUAUCUUGUCUUGGUGUCUUGGUCUGGCUACCUCCACACUCUCCAGUUGCUGUGCCUGCUUUCAAUCUCCAGUUGAGUUCCUACCUCCUGACCUGGAAGCUCCUGCACAAAGCAGGAAGAAGGUGCAAAUUGGAAUCAGAUGUGGGAGCACAAUCAUUAUCUGGGAUUGCUGUUUACCUGGGACCUGGGAUUUUCCUGCAGAAUCUCUGACUGUGCUGACCUGCACAAAGCCAGGUGCUGAUGGGGAAGGUAAACCUAUCUGCAGGUAUAAGUGCUUGUACAGGCCAGCCUGGGCAGAAGAAUUCACUGUGGCAGUACUGGAUGCCUGGUCUGCUCAAGGACUUUGUUUUCUAGGUAUAUGGAGAACAUUUCCAGGUAUAUGGGCAGUUUUUGUGAUGAGACCAGGUAGGGUAAGUGGGGAAGAGUAGUCUGAAUUGUAUUAAUCACUCCAUGUGACUCUUAGUGGCACAAUUCUGUGGGGCACCAGAGGAUUAGCAAGACCAAGGACCUCUCUGUUAUUCCCAAGUAACUGAAGGCCAGUUUGCUAGAUUUGGCAUUCACUCCCCUCACAUCGUCUGCUGAACCCUUCAGUCUUGCAGGAGCACUGCCCUGUUGCACAGAGCCAGGCUCACAUAGUAUUGGGGACAGUUUGCUGCACAGAGGCAGAUGUCCCAGAAAAAGAGCAGAAGCAAUUAGUGUAGGAACAUCUCACCAGGACCUGCAUUUCUGCUGUAUGCAGCAAGAUGCUGGUCGCAUCCUCUGUGUGGGGGAUAUAACCCUGUGCAGACAGAUUCCAUAUAACGUCAAAAUUAGCCCUAGAUGGGCUAAAUCUCUCUAUAUUUAUCCAGUGUACAGGAGAAAGAAUUCCAAAUCAUGCAAUGACUAGAAUUUUAUCCCACAUACAGGAGCACUGCACUGCUACUCAGAGGAUGAUGCUCCUCUGGAGUACUCCAGGCUCAUGAGACUAGGAAUGAAGGAGGGAUUUCUUUGUACUGAGAGGGUGCACAUUUCUGUGGAGAGGAGGGUACUGAGAGCUUGAUCUCAAAAACAUUCAAGCCACUGGCCACCACUGGCUUCCAUGCCACAGGGAUACCUGUGAAAAUUGCCUGUGUGGAGGAAGGUAGGAUGGAGAUGGAUCUUGGAAAUUGGAACUGGGUCAAGUCUGCUCUCUGUAUUUAGAGGUGAAUAUUCAUCACUAUAGAUACAUAACUGGGUAACAUAGCUACUGUACAACAUAUAGGAAUUUAACUUUCAUACAGGUUGGGAAGUGGUUAGAAACCUUUCUGUUGCUUGCUUUCAGCAGGGACAGGAAGAGGUGCUCCUGUCCAGGAGAACACUGUUUUAAUGCUAAAGUUUAUAUAGUUCAUAUUAAAAAAAAAAUAUUUCCUGUUAUUCUUGGCAACUCUCAUGUGUUUGGGUUUAUUUGUCCCUUGCUGUAUUUCCUCCAGAUUUGUGGGGAGACUUGAUUCCAGAUCAAAUCUAUCAUCUGGAACAUUUUACUCCCUACUAGCCUAGUCCUCUGCUGUCACCCUCCUCUCACUCAUGAAUCACAGGUCUUCCUGGGAACUCUUUUUUUUUUUUUCCUAGAGAAACAUAACAUUUUCUCCAGUACUUUUUACCAUGGAUACCUGUGCUAGAUUUUCCUGACAAUUGUUAGCUGCUGAACACAGAGAUAAAUCCUCCCAGCCCAUGAAAUUUGGGCAGAGGACACAUCUUUUUCUGUGCACAUUCCAUGACUUUAAUUAACAUCUCCAAAUAAAAUGGCAAGAUGACUGAAAUAA